AUAAGUAUUAAAAUACUUUACCGUAGGAGUAGGUACUUUUUUGUGCAAGUAUUUGGUGGUAUUGAAGGUUUUAACAUUUUAAUCAUGUAUUUUAAACUCAAUAGUCAAUUAUUAUCACAUAGAACUGAUGCUGAAUUCGUUAGCAUUUGAUGAUACUUCAUUUAUUACUGUAAUUUAUCAAAUUUUUGAACAUCAAUAAGUGUGAUCAUAACUUAUAGAUCUAUUGGGGACGCAUAAUAAUAGUGUUCUUUGUAAAUAAAACUGAGAAAUGAAAUCAUGAGGUGCUGUGUAUCUUGGUGUAUUAACAACAAAAGCAAGCAGAGCUCAGACAACGUUUCCUAUCGCAGAUUUCCUCCAGAACAUGGUGAACGACAAACCUGGAUCUCAACCCUUGGCCUCAAUGAAAGGCGGCUAACGAAUGACUCAGUAGUCUGUUCCAAUCACUUCAUAGAUAACUUCCUCUGUAGUAGGAAGAGUGGGCCGAGUCCUGUGCAAGAAGAUGCUAAGCCGUUUGUUCAGGCGUGCGUGGUGUGCCUGGACACAGAGCGGAGGGUGCAUCUGUUGAGCAAGUACAACCUCGAACAAGCUUAUGAAACUAUCACUGGACUUGAACUGCAAGAUCUAACUGACUUCACACCUUUCAUAUGCUUCGAGUGCGCUCAGAGGUUGACACAAUGCAAACAGUUCAGAGACAAGAGUGCGAGGGGGCACGCCCUUUUGGUUGAAUUGAUCAGGAAACAUGAUUUGCUAACUGCACAACAUAUAAAGGAAAUAAACCGUUCAGUCAAUUUUCUAACAUCUAAUCUAGUCGAGAAAGUGUUCCAACCAAACUGUUGUGACGUAAACUUCAUAGACAUCAAAAAGGAGACCAUACAGAUUAAAUGCGAAGACAGAGUGAAUGAAUCCAUAAUCAAAGUAGAGAAAGAAGAUCACAUAUUAGUUUCUGAUGAUAAAACACAAUAUGGAAACUAUAUCGAUAUUGAAAAACGAGAUAUUAAGGAUGAUCAUGAUGAUGAUAAUGCUAAUAUUGACUUUUUAGAUGACAUUAUUGAUGAAGUUUUCACAAAUGAUGAUGAUGAUGAUGAUGAUAAACUUUUCAAUGAUAAUAAUUAUACAGAAACAGGUGCCAUAAGUGACGGUGAACAAUUCAUAGAUAAAAAUGAAAACGAUAGUGACAUAGAGCUAGUGGACAAAAAAGAUGAUAAACUAAAAACAAGUGACAUUAAAAAACUUAAUCAAUCUAGAAAAGGUAACUUAGCCUCAUACAAGAACUGUAAUAAUAAAAUAAGUAAAACGCAAACUAAUAAAAAUAAUUUAACCAAAAAAGUUAGUGUUGCCAAAUCUAAAACUAGUAAAGUUAAAAGUAAAGAUAAAUUGGAUAAAGAUAAUACUAAAAAUUUAAAUGCAACUAAACGUGGUACAUUGUUAACUACAUUCAAAAUAACUAAACUAAGUCUUGAAAAGCAAUUUGAAGAUCUUAAGACGCGACAAGAAUCUUCAAAUUAUAAAAACUCUAGCUUUCAAUGCAAUUUUUGCUACCGAGGUUUUCAAUGCAAUUCAACAUUCACUAGACAUAUGGAUAAACAUUCCAAGGCAAACGGAGACGUUGAGUGUCCGGUGUGCAAAAUGCGCUACAAGACUAGAGAAGCAUUUUUGGCGCACAAUCUGAGUCACUCGACCAGAUAUAACUGUACACUAUGUGACUUCUUCUCUAUGAACUCCACAACAGCCAGGAUGCAUGAGCGCUGGCACAUGGGAUUAAAGCACAUAUGUCCGCACUGCAAUGAAGAAUUCUCCAAAAUCACGUCGUACAUAACGCACCUGCGCUUAAAGCAUCCUUCGGACUUCAUCUGCUGCCACUGCGGCUUCUCCUUCAUCAGUCAAAAGGGCUUGAAGUUCCACAUACUACGCACGCAUCGAAAGGACAAGUUGGAGGAGCCAGCGGGUCCACAUUGCGAGCAGUGCAAGGUUCGAUUCUCGUCACAGGCUGCAUUCGAGCAGCACUUGAAAGUGUCGCCCAAACACAGCCAGCCUGGGAUACGUAAAAGGAACGACCGACGUACGAACUUUAAAGACGUCGUGCCACCAUAUAUCACUUGCGAGCUGUGUGGUACAAAGCUGAAAGACUUCUCGAUGUACUCGCAACAUUUCAAGAGCGAGCAUCCCGGUGACGUCAGAGCACAACACGCGCCUCGUACGGGGGAGACGCUGUGCGAACAGUGUGGGCAGAGCUUCCAGAACGGAUUCCUACUGAGACAGCACAUGACGAAGCACACCGGCCAGAAGGACUACCAGUGCGACGUGUGCCAGAAGCGAUUCCGCACCAAAUUGUUCCUCUUCCGGCACAUGGAUACGCACGCCCCCUCUCCGCAGUACUCCUGCCCCAUCUGCGGCAAGCUCUUCUCCAGCCCGUCGAGUCGCAACCGACACGAAAAGAUCCACACAGAGAAGGCGUUCAAAUGCAACAUCUGCGGGAAGGCGUUCAGCCAGGCCGACACGCGCAGCUCGCACGUGGCGCACGUGCACAUGAACGUGCCGUGGCCCAAGCGGAACAGGGGGCGCGCGGUGCGCCGCACCAAUGACGAGUGACUGUCAUAGUCUAUACCUUAUCUGUAUGCCUAGUACCAGUUUUCAAUGUUUUUAACCAUUCGCUGCCCGCGAGUAUUUUAUCGGUGAGCCCGUCUGCGUUGAAGGAGCCGACGAAGGCAUUGGUGCCAGGGGUACUAGUUUUGGACCAAGGGACCCGGAAAGAUAUGGUGAACCAAGGACACCUACGACUGACUGUUGUAACAGCUCCAAUGCUCACGCCAACUAAGCAAUAUUUUCGACACGCGUCGCCCAAUUUACGUUAACGGCAGUCACCUCUGAUCGUUCAACAGGCGCUCGGUUUAUACUUCUUAAUUAGUAAUUUAUAUAUAUUUCAUAUUGUAACCUUUUUAUUCAAUUAAAUACUAUAUUUGACUCA